UUAGACCAGCAAACAUAGUACCAAGACCUGGUCCCCAAAAUCCCUCGCCAUUUCCACCUUCAAGCCUUGCUUCCAUGGCGGACACUCUUUGAUCUUUCACUCCCAACCCUAUUGAAUGGCUUCCUCUCUCCAUCCCUACUCCUUCCCCGCUUCCUUCCACCCUCUUCCCCACCUCUCCACCAGAUCCCUAAACCCUCGCCACUCCAAUCGCACCAGAUUCACUCCAAUCCCCAUUCGCUCCAUGCUCCAAUGGAACCGCAAGCCGGAGCUCUCCGGCGAGACACCGCGCGUCGUCGUCAUCACCUCCGGUAAGGGCGGCGUCGGCAAGACCACCACCACCGCCAACAUCGGCGUCUCCCUUGCCCGCUAUGGCUUCUCCGUCGUCGCCGUCGACGCCGAUGCCGGCCUACGAAACCUUGAUCUUCUCCUCGGUCUUGAGUCUCGUGUCGUCUACACUGCUGCUGAGGCUCUCAAUGGCGACUGCCGCCUCGACCAGGCGCUAGUCCGUGACCGUCGAUGGUCAUCCCUUGAGCUUCUCUGCAUCUCUCGGCCGCGCUCCAAGCUUUCCCUUGCUUUCGGCCCCAAGGCUCUCACUUGGGUCGUUGACGCUCUCCGCUCGCGCUCAUCCGGGCCUCCUGAUUUCGUCCUUAUUGACUGCCCGGCUGGCAUUGACGCCGGCUUCGUUACCGCCAUCGCUCCUGCUCACGAGGCCGUGCUCGUCACCACCCCCGACAUCACCGCGCUCCGUGAUGCCGACCGUGUCACGGGGCUGCUGGAGUGCGACGGCAUUCGCGACAUCAAGAUGAUCGUGAACCGUGUGCGCACGGAUCUCAUCCGCGGGGAAGACAUGAUGUCUGUGCUCGAUGUGCAAGAAAUGCUAGGCUUGGCAUUGCUUGGUGUUAUCCCAGAUGACGCAGAGGUGAUCAAGAGCACUAACCGCGGGUACCCGCUGGUGCUGAACCAGCCGCCAUCAAUGGCGGGGCUGGCAUUCGAACAGGCUGCAUGGAGGCUAGCCGAGCAGGACAGUAUGAAGGCAGUCAUGGUUGAGGAGGAACCCAAGAAAAGAGGUUUCUUUUCAUUUUUUGGUGGAUAAAUACAAAGAGCAGUGGUUGGUUGAAGGCUGGAUACUAAGGUUAAUUUUUGUACAGUGAGUAGGUAAGAUAAAGCUCCUCUCUUUUCAUUUUCAUCAGUUUUGUGGUUCAAGAUAGUGUUAAUGGCCUUGAUUCUUUGCUUGGAAUGUGAACUUUUGUUAUUUGGUUUGUGCAAGUUCAGAGAUUUUUUUGGUGCUGUAUGGCAUGAUGUAUCCUUUGUGAGAGAGCUUAGUUGGAUGUAAGUUAAUUGACUGUUUAACAUGCUUAAAUGGCACUUUUUUCUUUCUAUGAUUGUGAUAAGUA